AGAGACACAGACCCACAAACACACAGACACAGACCCACAAACACAGCCACACCCCCCACACCCCUCCGUCAGCCUGCUCCGCUCUCUCCGCCGAGCACUCCCCCAUUCACAAUUGCACAGGAGCCGGCGGCCGAUCCAGUCCCUUAACUCACUCCUUCCCUCCUGCAGCCCUCACGGUGGAGUUACAGUCCUCAACCGAUUUCUUUUUCGGGGACGGUUCUGCAUUGAGCGAAAGAAGGGUGGGGAAAGAGGAAGGUUGCAUAAGAAGCCCUCCUCAACCAGCCCGCCUGCAAAAUGUUCCACUGACACGUUCUUAUUAUGGAAGUUAAGUGACAAAACUCCGGAGCUGGCGCUGCUGUGGAGGAGAAAGAAAGGGGGAAGAAAGCAAGCGAUUGAAGUCCAGGUUUUUUGUUGUUUUUUUUUUUCUUCUGCAGUGCGCUGGAAAGUUUGUGGAACACUUUCUAAGAAUUAGACCUUAUCCCUUUCCUUUUAUUCCUUUUGACUUCCGAAGACAGAAGUUGGCUCUGGAUGGCAAUGGAUCCUCAGGAAGCAGUCUUAGACACACUUGAAUAAUUCCUUUGGCUGAGCUGGAUCGGUGGGAAUUUAGGAAGUAGAGAGUGAAAAUCGCAGCCUUUGGAAUUCCCCUCAGUUAAUCUGGAUGGAUCUAAAUGUGCCCUGUUCAAGACCUUUCCAUCAGCAACUUUUGAUCUCGAGAUUUUCCUUAUUUACUUUAAUUAGCUACUAGGAAAGUCUCUGAACUUUGGACCUACCUCUUUUUAAUUUUUGGGUACUGCUUUUUUGUACUUUUGCUCUCUGGGAUUGAUCUCUCGAGUGAUCUGGAUCGUUUUUAAUAUGUCAAAAUGUGUCUGCUAAUGUUUACACAACUCCUGCUCUGUGGAUUUGUAUAUUUUCAGGUGUAUGGAUCUCGUCUUCGCCAGGAAGAUUUUCCGCCUCGUAUUGUUGAGCAUCCCUCAGAUGUCAUUGUGUCGAAAGGAGAGCCAACAACUCUGAAUUGCAAGGCUGAAGGCAGGCCUACACCCACUAUUGAGUGGUAUAAGGAUGGAGAGCGGGUUGAGACGGACAAAGAUGAUCCCCGCUCCCAUCGCAUGCUGCUGCCUAGUGGAUCUUUAUUUUUCUUACGUAUUGUGCAUGGGCGCAGAAGUAAACCUGACGAAGGAAGCUACGUUUGUGUUGCAAGGAACUAUCUUGGAGAGGCCGUGAGUCGCAAUGCAUCCCUGGAAGUGGCAUUGUUACGUGAUGACUUCCGGCAAAACCCCACAGAUGUUGUUGUGGCAGCUGGAGAGCCUGCAAUCCUGGAAUGCCAGCCUCCCCGGGGACACCCCGAGCCCACUAUCUACUGGAAGAAAGACAAAGUUCGCGUUGAUGACAAGGAAGAGAGAAUAAGUAUCCGCGGUGGAAAGCUGAUGAUUUCGAACACUAGGAAGAGUGACGCGGGCAUGUAUACAUGUGUAGGCACCAAUAUGGUUGGAGAAAGAGACAGUGAUCCAGCAGAACUCACCGUCUUUGAACGACCCACAUUCCUCAGGAGGCCAAUUAACCAAGUGGUCCUGGAAGAAGAGGUGGUAGAGUUUCGAUGUCAGGUCCAGGGAGACCCUCAGCCCACCGUAAGAUGGAAAAAAGAUGAUGCAGAUCUGCCAAGAGGAAGAUAUGACAUCAAAGAUGAUUAUACAUUGAGAAUUAAAAAGACGCUGAGUUCAGACGAGGGAACCUUCACAUGUAUUGCUGAAAAUCGGGUUGGAAAAGUGGAAGCCACGGCCUCUCUCACUGUUCGAGCCCGCCCCGUUGCCCCACCACAGUUUGUGAUCAGGCCACGAGAUCAGAUUGUCGCCCAAGGCCGAACAAUCACAUUUCCCUGUGAAACGAAAGGAAACCCACAGCCAGCUGUUUUUUGGCAGAAAGAAGGCAGCCAGAAUCUUCUCUUUCCAAACCAACCUCUGCAACCCAACAGCCGAUAUUCAGUGUCACCAACGGGGGAUCUGACCAUCACAAACAUCCAGCGGUCUGAUGGUGGCUACUACAUAUGUCAGGCCUUAACUGUUGCCGGGAGCAUUUUAGCAAAGGCUCAAUUGGAAGUUACUGAUGUUUUAACAGAAAGACCUCCACCCAUCAUUCUACAAGGACCAGCCAAUCAGACAUUAGCAAUAGACGGGACAGCACUGCUGAAGUGCAAAGCCACUGGUGAGCCCCUUCCUGUUAUCAGCUGGUUAAAGGAAGGAUUCACUUUUCUGGGCCGAGAUUCAAGAUUAUCUAUCCAAGACCAAGGGACGUUGCAGAUAAAGAAUUUACGGAUAUCUGAUACAGGCACUUACACAUGUGUGGCUACAAGUUCAAGUGGGGAGACAUCCUGGAGUGCUGUGUUAGAGGUCACAGAAUCCGGAGCGGCAGUCACUAAAAAUUAUGAUUUAAAGGACUUGCCAGGACCACCAUCCAAACCUCAAGUUACUGACGUUACAAAGAACAGUGUGACCCUGUCCUGGCAUCCAGGUACUCCUGGAAGUCUUCCAGCUAGUGCAUACAUUAUUGAAGCAUUUAGCCAGUCAGUGAGCAAUAGCUGGCAAACUGUAGCUAACCAUGUAAAGACGACUCUUUUCACUGUAAGAGGAUUGCGACCCAAUACAAUCUAUUUGUUCAUGGUGCGGGCUAUCAACUCACAAGGCCUCAGUGAUCCGAGCUCCAUGUCAGAUCCGGUCCGCACACAAGAUAUCAGCCCACCAGCCCAAGGCGUGGACCAUAGACAAGUGCAGAAAGAACUGGGUGAUGUCAUUGUGCGCCUUCAUAACCCAGUUGUAUUGACUCCCACCACAGUUCAAGUCACCUGGACAGUUGACCGCCAAUCCCAAUUCAUUCAAGGAUACCGAGUCAUGUAUCGUCAAAUGUCUGCCUUACAGUCCCCAUCAGCAUGGCAGAAUUUGGAAGUCAAGGUCCCUACUGAACGUAGUGUCGUUCUAGUCAAUCUAAAAAAGGGAGUUUCUUAUGAGAUCAAAGUUCGGCCAUAUUUCAAUGAGUUUCAGGGAAUGGACAGUGAAUCAAAGUCCGCCCGCACCACAGAAGAAGCCCCAAGUGCCCCUCCACAGUCCGUCACCGUGUUGACAGUUGGAAGCCACAAUAGCACAAGUAUCAGUAUUUCCUGGGAUCCUCCUCCUUCAGAUCAUCAAAAUGGAAUUAUCCAGGAAUAUAAGAUUUGGUGCCUGGGAAAUGAGACUCGAUUUCACAUCAACAAAACAGUGGAUGCAGCCAUUCGUUCUGUCGUAAUAGGUGGACUAUUCCCAGGUGUUCAGUAUCGGGUAGAGGUAGCAGCAAGCACCAGUGCAGGUGUUGGAGUAAAAAGUGAGCCUCAGCCUAUAAUAAUUGGGAAUCGUAAUGAAGUCGUCAUCACAGAGAACAACAACAGCAUAACUGAGCAAAUAACUGAUGUUGUGAAGCAGCCUGCCUUUAUUGCUGGCAUUGGAGGGGCAUGCUGGGUAAUUUUGAUGGGUUUCAGUAUCUGGCUGUAUUGGCGCCGAAAGAAGAGAAAGGGGCUCAGCAAUUAUGCCGAUACAAACAUGCACUGCAGGUUUACACAUGGCACAAAGAAGGGGAGCUGGAACAAAACAGUAACCUUUCAAAGAGGGGAUGGAGGACUGAUGAGCAAUGGAAGUCGACCAGGGCUACUAAAUGCCAAUGACCCCAGUUACCCCUGGCUCGCAGAUUCUUGGCCAGCCACUAGCUUGCCAGUAAACAACAGCAACAGUGCCACAAAUGAUAUUGGCAAUUUUGGUCGUGGAGAUGCGCUGCCACCAGUGCCAGGUCAAGGGGAUAAAACAGCCACGAUGCUUUCUGAUGGAGCUAUUUAUAGCAGCAUCGAUUUCACCACCAAAACGAGCUACAACAGUUCCGGCCAGAUCACCCAAGCCACCCCGUAUGCCACCACCCAGAUCCUGCACUCCAACAGCAUUCAUGAACUUGCUGUUGAUUUGCCUGACCCUCAGUGGAAAAGUUCAGUCCAGCAGAAAGCGGAUUUGAUGGGUUUUGGUUAUUCUCUGCCUGAUCAGAACAAAGGUAACAACGCCUUACUUUACAUCCCUGACUACCGAUUGGCUGAGGGAUUGUCUAAUAGAAUGCCACACAACCAGUCACAGGAUUUCAGCACCACCAGCUCUCACAACAGCUCAGAAAGAAGUGGCAGCCUCUCAGGUGGGAAAGGUGGGAAAAAGAAGAAAAAUAAGAACACUUCCAAGCCACAGAAAAAUAAUGGAUCCAACUGGGCCAAUAUUCCUCUACCUCCCCCACCAGUCCAACCUCUUCCUGGUACUGAAAUGGAGCAUUAUGCAGUAGAUCAGCAAGAAGCUGGCUAUGACAGUGAUAGUUGGUGCCCACCUCUACCUGUUCAGACCUACUUGCACCAGGGCAUGGAAGAUGAGCUUGAAGAAGAUGACGACCGAGUACCAACACCUCCUGUCCGCGGAGUGGCCUCUUCACCAGCCAUCUCAUUCGGCCAACAGUCCACUGCCACUCUCACCCCCUCCCCACGGGAAGAGAUGCAGCCCAUGCUGCAGGCUCACCUCGAUGAGCUGACCAGGGCCUAUCAAUUUGACAUUGCAAAGCAAGCAUGGCAUAUCCAAAGCAACACUCAACCUCCUCAGACCCCCAUUCCACCUUUGGGUUACGUCUCCGGGACCCUUAUUUCGGACUUGGAAACAGACAUUCCAGAUGAUGAUGAUGAGGAUGAUGAAGAGGAAGCUUUAGAAAUCACUAGACCCCUGAGAGGCAUAGAGCAUACGCCAGGAUCCAGCAUGGACAAUCUCGAUAGUUCCGUGACAGGCAAAGCAUUCACCUCCUCUCAAAGACCUCAUCCAACAAGUCCUUUUUCUACUGACAGUAAUCCCAUUACGGCCCUGAAUCAGAAGUCCAGGCCUAAAAAACAUAAAGGAGGUAGACUGGAUCAACCUUCUUUGCCUCAUCGCAGGGAGGCAAUGACAGAUGAUCUUCCACCUCCACCAGACCCCCCACCAGGUCAGGGUUUAAGGCAGCAAAUAGGCCCCGAUCAACGUGGUGGUAACAUGGGGAGCUCAGCAGAGAGGAAAGGAAGCUCUUUGGAAAGGCAACAAGCAGCCAACCUAGAUGAAAGCAAGAGCUCAUUGGAUCGUCAAGCUAGGACGUCAGUAGAGUGGCGGCGGCAACCACAUGAAUGGAUAAACGCCACAGAACGCCAAGAAGAUUGCAGGAAAAUUCCAUACAAACAAGCAUUUGAAUCAGAAGAAGCUCUGGUGCCAUACAGCAAGCCCAGUUUUCCAUCACCAGGUGGACACAGCUCUUCAGGAACGGCAUCUUCUAAAGGAUCGACUGGACCCAGGAAAGGCGAAGUUUUGCGAGGCGCUCACCAGCGCAACACCGGAGACCUUCUUGAUGUUGGGUAUAUGGGAUCAAGCAGCCAGGGACAGUUUCCACCUGAAUUAUAGUGGUUGAAAAGAGUCGUUCAAAGCUGCUCCGGAGGACCGUUGGGUCUGAACUCAUGGAAGUGAUGAUGCUAAACAGUGCAAUGAACAAUUUCUUUAUUUAUGUACUAUUAAAAGAACUGUAAAUGCAAUGUAAAGAAACACAGCCACACACAUAUCCUACAGCUAUUUUACAUGUGUUCUUCUCUCAAGUACACCGUCCACCUUAACUAUUUCUUGUCAGGAGUAUAUUAAAAAAAAAAGUCACCCUCCAGGAUGAAAAGGAUUUUCCUCUGUAUAUAAUUUCUUUCGUUGCAUUGCUAUGCAAGCUCACUCUCUUUUUAGCUAUGUUCAUAUUAUUGUCUGUUCUACUUGGUCUGUUGUACUAUAUGUGAAUUAAUAGGCUGUGGUGCCAUAUAUUAACUUUUAAUUGUGUAACUUUUAUGUUGAAAGUUUGCACUGCAAUUUUAUUUGGUGAUAAGCACAAAUCUCUACUCCUCAUUGACAUGAAGAAAAGAAAAAAGCCUGAAUGUGAAGGGAUUUUAUGUACUGUAAGCUUAUGUUGGAUGUAACUGAAUGGUAGGGGGCUUUCCAAUGGGGUGUAGAAACAGGAAGAUAAAAGGAAAAACUGACAUUACGAAAGUCUUCUUAAAACAUCGAGAAUGAUUCCAUAGCAAAAGCAAGGUGCUAGCUCUCACUGUUUAUAAAGGGAUCAAAACGAAGGGAGUGUAAGUUUUAGAUGGCAUCUAUGAUUAUGUAGGUAGCUGAGAUGUUGUAACAUCAUAGAAGAGAUCACUAAGGUUAUCAACACCUAGCAGCUACCGAUUCUUACCUGCCCAAGUCCGAUUUUUGAGAAACAAAGGAAAUUAAGGUGUUUCACUAAAGCUGAGUUUAGUUAAAAGAAACUCUCAUAUGUUUUCUGAGUUACCAUAAUUAAUCACCUCAAUAAAAAGUCAGAAAGUGCUGUGACUUCUCCCCAAAAUAUCUAGAAAGUAGUUAAAGAUGCAAUUCAUUAGGAUGCUCUAACUGCUUCCAUCAAGGAAAGGGUUCAUCUCUUCAUUCCUCAAACACAGUCACACUAGAGGUUAAAGCCACGUUGCUAAUGCUCACUACCUUGCAUAUGGAGCAGCCUGUGGUGAGUUGUGACAGAUUUAGAGAAGGGAACUUUUUCCACUGAGCCUCUAUAGCCCGCUUGGUAAGUGCUCGGACUGUGUGUUCGACUCACAGUCUUGGACUAAAGGGCAAUAUUUACUGUGCGUUCCUGGAAAUUGGCUACCCACCAAAUAAUAUCUUGAACCCUUUUUGGAUGAGUGAAUUGAGAAAACAAUGGUUUAACGAGAAAAUAAUGCAUGUUUAUACGCUUUUUGAAUAAAAUCAAACAUUGUAAGUGGACAUUAACAAUA